AUGAAGUCGAUCAUGGUGAACAUGACGCUUGGUUUGGUACUGCUUGUAACCUUGAUUUAUCUAUGUGAGGCACAAAGUCAUCGAUUCAGUUCCUUUUCGUCAUCACGAAGAUCUCCAAGCAGCCGGUUCUCGAGGACAUUUAACGACAGGCGGCAGUCUACCCGUCUUCAGCCUGUACGAAGUAGGAGUUGGUCCCGAUCAUCUCAAACACGCGUGGUACCCAGACAGAGUUCAUUCCGUCAAAGCAACAGGUUUCAGAGCCCCGUAAGUUCACUCGGUCAGAGUCGACAACAAAACAGCAUCGAUAAUCUUAGCAAUGCUAUAUUGUUGUCAGCCUUGUUGGGGAUGGAUAUGCCUAGAGAACAACGAAUGUCCAGUCAGAGGAUGAUUGUUUCGCGCCUUCUCGGUAUUGACGCACCGUUACCACAGAACCAACCGACAUUCUCUAGCUUCUCAAACAGAGGGUCAUCCUCUUCGGUUUUAUCUCCGAGUACUCAAGACAGCGGAACGCGCGGCAGUUUCAUAAGCUCUCUUCCAGGCCACAAUCUUAUUGUUCAGUCGCCCUCUCAACCACAGCAUCAACCUCUUGUUAUAGAGGCUGGUGGACAGAUACAAGUACAGGAAAUUAAAAAACCGGACGGUCAGACACAAGUAGUGAUAAACGCCGGACAAAACACUGCACCAAGCGUUCAUGCCACAACUAAAACUGCUAGUACUGUACCAGCAUUUUCUACAGCAAAUCCUUACAUUUUAUCAGGAGAGGACCCACCAGAAAAGGAAACGCCACCAUUACAGGAUGUACAAGAAUUAACGAAAUUACUUAAGGCUAUGGGAAUUAAUCCGUCUAAGGCAGCUGCCGUGGGUAGAUGA